UCGUCGGCUUUUCGCCACGUCCAUUAUUUUUCUGACACCGGUAACAGAUUGAGUCUAUGACAAUGUCGGACCAGCCAUGUUACACCCUAAUAAAUCUGCCGUCAGAUGCAGAACCGCCAACAGAAAUGCAGCUUCGCACAGACUUAGAAAAGGGAGACACAAGAACAAAGACUGAUGCCUUGAAGAAAACCAUUCAAAUGAUACUGAAUGGAGAGAAGAUGCCCUCCCUGUUGAUGACCAUCAUCAGAUUUGUGAUGCCGUCACAGGACCAUAUGAUCAAGAAGUUACUCCUCAUCUUCUGGGAGGUGGUACCCAAGUACACAGCAGAUGGCAAGAUGUUACACGAGAUGAUUCUUGUUUGUGAUGCCUAUAGGAAGGACCUACAGCAUCCAAAUGAGUUUAUUCGUGGAUCCACUCUGCGCUUCCUGUGUAAGCUGAAGGAACCAGAACUUGUAGAACCUUUGAUGCCGGCAAUUAGACAGUGUCUGGAGCACCGUCACUCCUAUGUUCGCAGAAAUGCUGUUCUUGCCAUUUACACCAUCUUCAGGAAUUUUGAUUUUCUGAUUCCUGACGCCCCUGAGCUGAUUGCCAAGUUCUUGGAAACUGAACAGGACAUGUCAUGUAAAAGGAAUGCAUUCAUGAUGCUGAUCCAUGCUGACCAGGAGCGAGCACUCAACUACCUUAGUAGUUGUAUUGAUCAGGUGACUUCCUUUGGGGACAUCCUCCAGCUUGUCAUUGUCGAGUUGAUCUAUAAGGUGUGCCAUGCCAAUCCAUCUGAGAGGGCGCGUUUCAUCCGUUGUAUUUAUAACUUGUUGAACUCCUCCAGUCCAGCUGUCCGUUACGAAGCAGCAGGUACCCUGGUCACUCUGUCCAAUGCUCCAACAGCAAUCAAGGCUGCUGCUAGCUGUUACAUUGAGUUGAUUGUGAAGGAAAGUGACAAUAACGUCAAACUAAUUGUGCUUGACCGACUCAUUGCACUGAAGGAGGUUCCUUUACAUGAAAAAGUCUUGCAGGAUCUUGUGAUGGACAUUCUGAGAGUACUAAGUUCACCUGACCAUGAGGUUAGAAAGAAAACAUUAUCAUUGGCUCUGGAGCUGGUUACGUCAAGGAAUAUGGAGGAAAUGGUCCUAGUCUUGAGAAAGGAGGUUGUGAAGACAAAUAAUGUGGAACACGAGGAUACUGGAAAAUACCGCCAGCUACUUGUGAGAACACUCCAUCAGUGCUGUAUCAAGUUCCCAGACAUUGCCGGUACCAUUAUACCUGUGCUGAUUGAGUUUCUUGGUGACCAGAACGAGUUGGCUGCCCUGGAUGUGCUGGUAUUUGUCAGAGAAGCUAUACAGAGAUUUGAGGAACUUAGAACCCUCAUUGUCUCCAAACUUCUGGAGAUUUUCCCCUCCAUUAAGGCUAUCAAGGUACACCGGGCUGCUCUGUGGAUCCUGGGUGAAUAUUGUACUACCAACGAGGACAUACAAAGUGUCAUGAAUCUUAUUCGCCAAUCUAUUGGAGAGAUUCCUAUUGUGGAUGAUGAGAUCAAGAAAGCUGCUGGAGAAAUCAAGGAUGAUGAAAUGCAGGGAGCUGGAAGUGCUCAGAAACUAGUCACUGCCGAUGGUACUUAUGCAACACAGAGUGCAUUCAGCACAAUUGCAGUCUCCAAGAAGGAGGACAGGCCACCUAUGAGACAAUACAUGAUGGAUGGAGACUUCUUUGUCGGAGCGUCAUUAGCCACUACCCUCACUAAACUAGCACUGCGAUAUGUCAACAAUACAGACAACAUCAAACGUCAAAAUUCUUUCCUGGCAGAAUCUAUGUUAGUUAUGGCCUCAAUCAUUCAUUUUGGAAAAUCUGGACUCCCUACAAAGCCCAUCACUGAUGAUGAUUUUGACCGUAUUGCAACCUGCUUGAGGGUAUUAGCGGAGAGAACUCCAAUCAUGGAAGACAUAUUCAGCAAAGACUGCCGCGAGUCUCUGUCUCUCAUGUUGGCUGCUAAGAUGGACGAGGAGAAAGAAAUGCAGAGAGUGUCAGAACGUCGAGCAGUGAAGGUCCAGGCGGACGAUCCCAUAGCUUUCUCACAACUCAUUAACAAGGGGGAACUUGGAGCUACAGAGAAUAUGUUUGAGUUGACACUUUCCCAAGCCCUGGGAAUGAAUACCAAGAAAGAUGCAGACCCUGUAGGUGCCUCAAAACUAAACAAAGUGACACAACUGACAGGAUUUUCUGACCCAGUAUAUGCAGAAGCCUAUGUCAAUGUGAACCAGUUUGACAUUGUACUUGAUGUGUUGGUAGUCAACCAGACUGGGGACACACUACAGAACCUCACUCUAGAGUUGGCCACUUUGGGUGAUUUAAAGCUGGUGGAGAAGCCGUCGCCCCUAACCAUGGCACCUCACGAUUUCUGUAACAUCAAGGCGAACGUUAAAGUGGCCUCAACAGAGAAUGGAAUCAUUUUUGGAAACAUAGUGUAUGAUGUGACUGGAGCAGCCAGUGACCGAAAUUGUGUUGUCCUCAAUGACAUUCAUAUCGACAUAAUGGACUACAUUGUGCCUGCUAUGUGUAACGAUAGCGAGUUCCGCCAGAUGUGGGCAGAGUUUGAAUGGGAGAAUAAGGUGGCUGUAAACACAAACAUCUCCAAUUUGUCUGAAUUUCUUCAGCAUGUCAUCAAAUGUACCAAUAUGAAAUGUCUGACCCCAGAAAAGGCAUUGUCUGGGGAGUGUGGAUUUAUGGCUGCAAACCUGUAUGCCAAGUCUAUAUUUGGUGAGGAUGUGCUAGCUAACCUGAGUGUUGAAAAACCUGCCCACCUAUCUAAUGAAGCUCCAGUACAAGGUCAUAUCAGGAUCCGUGCAAAAAGUCAGGGUAUGGCUUUAAGUAUGGGUGACAAGAUCAACUUGUCACAAAAGAGAGUGUACAAGCCUGGUGCAGCAGCUUAAUGUGCAGGAAAACCACAUGGUACAGACAGUGUUUAUAUGUUGAGAAAAUGCAAGCAGGAGCAAAGACAAAACAAAUCCAGACGGGGAGUCAGCAAUAUGUGAGAUCAGCAGACAAACAAUAAACGUAGCAAUCACUGUUUGUGUAGGAGAUUCUGAAGUGUGUUCAGUUAAUUUAGCAUGUCAAUAUGAGGCACAAUAUUUAUCUGACACUUGACUUGAAAGCUGAUAUAUAAUAACGGAAAAAAAAAAUUUUGUUCAUUUUUUGUGAUCACAUCAAAUAAAAUAUUUCAUGACAAGUCAUAAUUCUUGUAGAACUCUCUUUAUAAGUUACAUAGGAUUUCCCCGAGAGCUAUCAUAAAAAAUGCGUGAAAUGCUUUAUAUUUAAAUUAUUUCUUUAUUGUAGAAAUUUGGAAUUGUCACAUCUAGACUACGAUACAAUGUACUUGUAUUUGAAAUAAAUAAUAUAUAAGCUUCAGAGGAAA